AUAUAUAAAAUAAAUAUUUAAAUUCUAUAUUGAUAAAAGAGAUAUCUCAUCAUGAAAAUAUUAUGCAGCUUUAUAAUGAUGGGAAUACUUCAGUUAGUUAUUGCCGCAAUCGUUAGGAAACCACCGGUCUUUUCAACACCUAUGUAUUCAAAUUCAUAUCUUCCUGCUGCCAUGCAAGUAAUUUUUCAUGCGGUCGAACAAUUAAAACUACUUCAAGUGGAAGAAACGCAAGUAGAUUUAAUGUCUUCAUCAACAUCGAUAAAACAUCAACAAUUGCAAUCAACAACGCAAUCGAUGAAGGAUCAGCAAUUGCAAUCAACAACGCCUAAAGGGAUAAUAUCAAAUGUUACAACCGAAAAAGUGCACGAUGAGAAGACAGAAGCUUCCGAAAUAUUAAUUUCGACUUUAUCCAGUGAGAUAUUGAAUCAAGGACCACCUAAGAUUUAUAACAAUUCGACAGAAGUCAUUCAAUACUUAGCAACUAAUAGCGAUUAUAAAGAGACACCUGAAGUAAAUGAAGAAAUGACUGAAACGAAUUACGAAUUACCGGCUACACCGGAAAUGAAUUACGAAUUACCGGAGCAUAUGCACGUGAUCCAGGAAUCGGAUCAGAAAGUUUUGGGGCAGAAUGAAGAAAAAUCUUCAAGUAUCGAAAGUUCUAGCGAGAUAGUAAAUAUUCAAACUCCGCAAUAUACUGUAUUGGAACAGCAAUCGACACAAACUUUUUUGACACAGACAUCAGAAGCAGAAAAAAAGGAACCGAAUGUUGAUAGUGUCGUAGAUGAAAUUUACGGAAUUAUAAAAACAACCACGUCUCUAUUUAGCGAAGAACCGAGUGAUUCCAAAACAAAGAGCACAUUAGAAAUUUCAAUAGAAAAGAUGGAAAACAUUGAAGAUGAAAGAGAAGAAAUAAGAUUCUCAUUAUUGGGCGAAAAAGUAGCUCAAGUUCCUCGUCCAAGUUUGAACAGCUAUAUAAGACGUAUUAAAGUGCCAGCAAGACCAGCACUUCAACAACUGGCAAAUCUUUAUGAUGCUCUCAGUAAAGACGCGCGGAAACAAGGAUUCGCACGUUUUGCCGGAUAUUCGGACGAAGUUUUGAAAGCUUUGCAAUCAUCUGCUGAGGGUGGUAUCGGACCGCAGCUAAAGAAGCUUCUAGAAAAAGUGUUAGAGAGAAACGAACUCACUAGAGAUGACGCAAAAAUGAGGACAUCGCAAGCAUUACGUGAUCUCGAUGAUCCUGCCAGUGCACUCAGCAAAGAUCUAAGACGUUUAUUACCAUUACGUUAUACAUUUUAACUCUUUCAAAAAAGUAAAAUGUUCUUAUAUUUUUUGGAGACAAAAAUAAGAAUAUUGUAUUAGAAUAAAAUUUAUUUUUUUUAAUAGAUAAUUAUUAUAUCUUUAUGGAUUAUAGAAAAAAUAAUUGAUUUCAAAAAUUUCUUCGAUAUUUUUUUUCAACAUAAGUGUGAAAGUUUAACAAAUGAGUAUUUAAUAUGUUUUAUUCAGAAUUAUUCUUUGCGUAAAACUCUUAUUGACUCAUUGCAAUCAUGUUGAAUUAUGUUUCUGUUUAGUAAUAUUUGCAAUCAAACAGACUUGUAAAAUACAUCAAAAAUUUUCUUUUGAUCCAGUAAUCAAAUAAAUAACUAUAUAUCUA